AUGUCUUCAACUCUUAAAGGAAAACAAGCAUGGCUGACUAGACAGGGAACUCAGCUCAGCAGCACGAUUUUAAAAAUCGAAGAGUUCCUCGAAUCCGCCGAAACUCUCCCCGCCGCGGAGGCAAAUGUAAGGACCCGCAAAGCGAUAAAAGAGUUGGAUUUACGGCAAACUGCUCUAGAAAAAGCUAUGAACAACUACACCUCCGCAGCAGACGCAGCAGAUCUCGCGGAGGAACACCAAAAGACGACCAUGUCCAAUAUUACAACCGCACAGGACACCAUCAUUAGGGCUCAGAAUCUUUUAAUAACACUAAGCUUAUGCCUUGAAGACCACGAAAAGGGUAAACUUUGCGAAGCAGAAGCCGACAAUAAAGUGCUACCGCAAAUUCCUCCCCUUCAAAUCUCCAAAUUCAGAGGGAAUCCCUGGGAAUGGGACCAGUUUUGGGGAAUUUUCAACGCCACCAUUCACGACAGAAAAAUCAGCAAAAUCGAGAAGUUCACACAUUUACUCGAAGCGUUACAGGGACCUGCGAGAGACACAGUCCAGGACCUACAGAUCACCGCAGAAAACUACGACAUCGACAUAGUAUUAGACAUACUGAAACGUCGCUACGGAAACGAAGAGGCUAUCGUAGGACACUUAUUGAGCAAACUCCAAUUCUUACAGCAGCAAAGCCUUUGA